AUGGGCGGACCCAACCUCGAAAUCUUCAAGUUUUCUCUUUACCUUUUCGUGCCCAUCGCCGCUUUGGUGCACUUUGGUGACCCGGAUUGGUACAGGGAGCAUGUAGUGCCUUAUAGGCUUAAGUUGUUCCCUCCUCCAGACCGGACUGUUCAUCGACUACCAACAGAGCAAAGUGCAAUCCGGGAGGAACUGGAGAGGAUAAAGGCCGAGAGGUUGGCCAAGCGAGCAGCCAGACAAGCUGCUGCAGCCCAGGAAAACCAGGAUUCAUAG